AUGCAACCCGCCUGGUAAGUCGGGACCACUUCCUUUUGAGUUACGGGCAAAUUCGCGGGGAUUUCUUGCAAGCAUUCCGCAUUGUAAAGAGGUUGGAUUGCAGUCUGGCCUUCGAGGACUUUUUUGAAUUUGCUACCACGACCAACCUCCGAGGUCACAAGUUCAAACUAUGCAUCCAACAGGCAAGGCUGGAUGUGCGGAAGUUCUCCUUCUCUGUUCGAGUGGUCACCUCAUGGGAUGCCCUUCCCGCAGAUGUUGUAAUGUCACCAUCUAUCCGAAGUUUUAAAAAGAAACCUGACAUUUUUAUGUUCCGAAAUGAGCAAGAGCUAUGAGAAGUCGAGCUAACCUCCUGUAACUCGUUCUCAUUUUGUUUUACCAUUAUGAGCUCGUGUAAACUAUUUCAGCCCAGAAUAUUUUUCUGUAUACCACACAUUUUUACGCUAAAAAUAGGUUUCUUAAAGAAUUACGCUUAUUUCCCCCAAUAAACUAAAUUUAUUUGAAAUGAACCGAACGGAUACGACGUCUUACGUGAAUCUGAAGGAAUUGGCCUCGUGUGAACCGCAUGACCUUCACGAGAGCCUAUUUACGUGGCUAUUUAAAAGACGUAAUGAAUUAUAUGGACAGGAAGGUGAAGUAGAAUACGUGAAUGAGAUUGUUCUGUACAACAAAAUAAGUAAUUCGUCAUUUAAUGACACCUUUUUUGUUAUGGACGCCGUGAACUUCAUACACUGCGGAUUUUUUGGGAUUCCUCUUAUUCUUUUAUCUCGAGAUAAAAUGGAAUUGAUGCACAUUCAUUUUAAACUAGAUCUAGUUUUAAAUUUAUGUACCUUCAUUCCGUCUAGACGUUGAUUUAUAAUGCGGACCUUAACGACCGUUAACUUUGUUUUCAGAAGCCGGAUACCGGAGAAAAUGAACCUGUUCGCAAUCAUAUUCUGCACAUCAAUGUGUAGUGCUGUUAACAUAGCAUCCUUCAAUAUUCAAGUCUUUGGGAAAAGAAAAUCAUUAAACACUCAAAUAAUGGAAGUAAUUUCAUCAGUAAGUGUGGUCUUUACAAAUAACUGCCUAGAUAAUUCAAACUUUUGACCUAAUAUUCAUCCAGGAGAUACGUGACAGUGGUGAACAAGCUUUCCAACGUCUGCUUACGCUCGUUAAUAACCAUAACAGGCAAAACAUAACGUACAGCGGGCGGACAUCUCCACGCUUCGGUAGAACAAAUUCAAAAGAACAAUAUGGACUAUUAUACAAGUAUGAAUUAAGAUUUCUGAAUUAAAAGAUCCUCACGGUUCUACUGCAUAUUUAAUGUAGCAAUCUUAUCAGAGAAGCUGAUGUCUUUCUAACAAAAAAAUUUAAAAACUGAAAAAUGUGCCUAGAUUAUUAUUUUUUCACGCAGCCCAACCAAAGUGAAAUUAGAAAACGAAUCCGAAAUUGCCGUUCGCAAGGGAGAUUUCGAGCGUCCGCCCUACUGCUAUUCAUUUAAGACUGUCGAAAAAAGUAUGUAAUAUUCAAAUACUUUGAACUGCCUGAGAUGCUUGUUUGAUUUCUUAGUCUGGACGUCCCGAGUUUGUUUUUCAGAGCCCCUGACGUUUGCCGCACUCGUCACACACAUUGAUCCCGACGCCGUCUCCACUGAAAUGGACAAUCUCUACGAAACGGUUAAACAGUGUACGCAUGCUUCCAGAACAGAGGUAGGCGUUUUACGUUUCGUGUAGGGCAAUUUGCAUACUAGUAUAGCCAUUUCUAAAAAACUCAAAAAUCACUCCAUUUUGAAAACUAUCCUCGUUCGAAAUGCUGAACUUCAUUCUAAUAAAAAUAGUUAGCGUAAAGACAUUAAGAAGACAAGGAAUUUACGCAUUUUUUAAAAAAGAAAAACUUUAGGGUUAAUUUUUUUAACUUGGAAGCAUUAUCCUUAAACAAAUAUCGGUUUCGUCAGAAAACACUGAAGAAGCUGAAGGCUGCAGGGCAUUUUAGAAAACGCCAUUGGAUACUCCAGAAAAACGGAAUUGUUAAAUUUUUCUGAAAAAUACGGCUUUUAAGCAUAUAUUAAAUUUAAAUGGACCUAUGUUUAAGCAGCCAACCAAAAUUUUAUAACUGCGCAAACUUAAAAACAAAUGCCUAAGAUAACAUUAAGCAAUUUUCAUGAAAUAUACAAGUUAAAAAUAAUCGGGUUUAUUAAUAUAUGCAUGGCUAAUAUUUCUAAAUAAAACAUGCUGGCGUAAGGUCACAAUUACCAAUGUAACAUUUUAUAUGUUCCCUAAAUAGCUUUUAAAUUGGCUGUCGACAUUAUACGCGGAGAGGGCAGCACUUAAGUAACUUGUACUUUCUCCGCUUUAUAACACCCAAUGGCGAAUAACGGUUGCAACAGUGCUGCAAAAACUGCUUUAGUUUCUUAAAAAUUCGGACUUUCUCAUUUGAAAUUGAAAAAUGCGAAUUGGUAUUGUGUAAAAUACAUAUUUAGAACUCUUGAAGGUUACAUUCGGAGUCAUUAAAAACCGGAAACACAUUUAAGGCCUCGAUAGGCGCAAAAACUGCGAAACCUCUUUGGCAAUAAAAUUUACUGGGUUUUGACUAAUUAUUACAAUAAAGAUAUGACUCCCGAAAAAUCCUCAAUUAUGACUAAUAAAUGUUUCGUCGCAAUAUUAGACAACAGGAAAGGAACACAGGUUUUCGAGGAGCAAAUUCAAUUUACAAUUCAUGUAUUAAGAUAAAAUGGGAUUUGUUGAGAAGCUAGCUCAAAGCUGAAGUACUGCGGCCGGAAUCAGAUAUAUCGUUGACUAAAAGUUUAUAACCACUUGUUUAUAAAUCACAUUAAGCAAAUUUAACAUUUAGAGCCAAAUAGACAAAUCCACUACAUUGGUCCUGGACGUCUUUGUUCUAGAAUGAUUUGGCAGUAAGGAUUGUUUAGUUAUUGGCUCGUUGGUAGUCACGCUGAAUGAUCAAAAUAUCAAUGGACUAUUUAAAAAGCAGUAUUGCCUGUUGUUUUUAUCAAAUACUAAAGAAUUUUGAAUUUUCCUCACACGUCUCCGAGGAGUUUGAAGGCACCUCUAGGGUGGUUUUUAUUUGAGAUUACAAAAAGUGUUUAAAAUGUAGGAUUUAAAGAUUUGUUUAUCUGUUUAGUUCAGUAAAUGGUUGUUAGCUACUACAACGUUCUUAAGUCUUUAGAAUAGCGGAGUUCAUAAGGUUACAUUAUAGAAGAUAGCAGAUUGUUAAGUUUUUGAUAGUUAUUUAUGUCCCAUAGGACAAGCUGUUCUGAUAUCCUCACCAUACUGUAAACUAUUUCUGCGAACAAUUUUUGUGGAAUAUGAGUCUUCAUUAGCAAUGUGUUUCGCAUGAAGAUGGAUAGGGUAAAGUCAUUUUACAUUAAAGUUUGCUGACUUAAAGCAAACGUGUUUUGCUCUAUCUUCCUUUGGGAAAAUAGAAAGAUUGUUCAGUCUGACUUCUUAAUAAAACUCGGAGUGUUGACUUAAUCUAAAAAUAAACAACUGGAAGUGUGUGAGAACAAGGAGCAAAGUCUUAAAGAGUAAAAAUAUUGUAAGCUUAUCGGAAUUUUGGUGCGAUAAAGGCAUAAGUCUACACUAAAGUUAGACGGUUAUUAUCUCAACUACAAAAGCCAAACAAAACUGAAGUCAGUAAAAUCUACGAAAGACAACAACUACCCGUUUUUCCAUUGUGACGCUAUUCUCAUUGUCCAUUCGAGACCAACCAGCUGGCAUUUUGGAAAAUUCGAGAUUUUCGCACAAUUUAUGACAUUUAUCAGUGAGGUCAAUCAAAAUCAGUCUCCUUUGCAUAUCCACACAUCGCAAAACUCAAAAAUAUUUCAAGAUGUUGUCCAGACUUCAUCACGGGGAUAGACAUUUGAGGGCAAAGACGAUGCUCGCAUAGAGUAGUCCAAGUUUCGAGGAACUGAGAUGCUGUCUUGUCCGCCUGCCAAGAACAUUUAAACAUUUUGCCGUCCAAAAUGGGACUUUCAACGAUGCCUGAAACCGGCAUUCCGUUUACAGAUAACAGCAUCCCAUCUUCUGACAAGUUCUUCAACGAGGUAGGGACCAAACCCCCUGAUGGGUCGAUGUUCAAGGACGUCCUGCCCUUUAUUGAAUGAAGUCGAGCUUAGACUGUUUAUUUUCUCGUUGAAAACAAGAGUGCCUUAUGGGUGACGGUGAUGUAAACCAUUAUGGUCCUGACCAAGACUAUUAUAUUAGUCGGAAAAGUUUCGUAUCUCUAACAGAAUAGAGACAACGACAAAAUUCUCUGUUCAUAUAAGUUACGAUUUUGAAGAUCGUCUCCUCGGAUUUGCGUUUUAUUUGUUGUUCGAACACUCUGUUUUCACAACUCCACGUCUACCCCGGGAAUAUGACCUUGACGGGAAUUCACACCGCUUUGUGUCUUUCGUUGCGCACAGAAUAUAAUCGUCCUCGGUGAUAUGAAUGCGGGCUGCAGAUAUUUAUCGAAAAAGAAAAAAAGAGAAUUGAAAUUUGUCAAAGACUCCUCCUUCAAGUGGCUGAUUAGUGACGAUAUGGACACAACCGUCGCGAGCCAGGACUGUGCCCUUGAUCGGUAAGUACACUGCCGAAAGCUUCUUCUGGCCUAUUUGUAGAUAGUCGUAAUGACAGUCCACUUCGAUCAAAAGCAUGUGUUCGAAAUGACCUGGAAUCCUGCAGACGAAUGUCAUAAAACCUUUUUCCGAUCCUUGCAGCUUCAUAGUGAAAGGAGAAACGCUGCUUAGUCGAAUCGUGCCUAAUUCGGCCAAACCAAUGAAAUUUGACGAAAUUCUCAAGCUCAGCUCAAACCUGGUAUGUGUACGCCGUCAUUUCACGCUCCUUUGAGUGAAAACGCUUAACCGGACCCUCCCCCCCUACUAGCGGAAUGGCAAUUAUUUUUCAUGCGCAUAAAAUCUCUACAUGAUUCCCCUUUUUAGACUAAACACACAAUCUGCCUUGCUUUCACCCGUUGCGCGGCACCUGCAUUGGUCGUCGCGAGCGUUUAUUCUGUAGAAUAUAAUGCUCACUGUUUGAUCGAGUAAAUUUGAUAAAUUAUUAUGUGCUUGAUGUGCCCUUUCUCUGUUUUUGUUUUUUAGACGAGAGCAGUCAGUGAUCACUAUCCCAUUCAGAUGGAGAUUCGCUAA